AUGGCGCCCGGCGAGCGUGCCCUCCGCCAUCCGAUGGGCCACGCCCCUCCUUGGCCUGUAACCGAGCACCCGAUGGUCCACGCCCCUCCUUGGCCUGUAACCGAGCACCCGAUGGCCGGGAUGCAGCAGAACGACACCCUCCCCGUCAGCGACGUCGUCGGCCUCUCCGCGAUGCAGCACUUCCUCCUCGGCAGCAGCGCCGACCUGGACCUCGCGGCUGACGAAUACGCCUGCGACGAGUUUCGGAUGUACGAGUUUAAGGUGCGGCGGUGCCCCCGCGGGCGGGUGCACGACUGGACCGAGUGCCCCUACGCCCACUCGGGAGAGAAAGCGCGACGGCGCGAUCCCCGCCGGUUCCAGUACUCCGGCUCCCCAUGCCCAGACUUCCGCCGGGGCGGGGGGUGCCGCCUCGGCGACGCCUGCGAUCUCGCCCAUGGCGUGUUCGAGACAUGGCUCCACCCGGCACGCUACCGGACCCAGCCCUGCAAAGACGGCACCGCAUGCAGCCGACGCGUGUGCUUUUUCGCUCACACCCCCGAGCAGCUCCGCAUCGUCCUGCCCCCGAGCCCGACGUCGUCUGGCAAGAUCGGCGUGAACAUAUUCUCCUCGCCCACGUCGACGCUGGCGCUCCUGUCGUCGCCGUCAGACGGCUCGCCGCCGUUGUCGCCGCUGGGGGUAGACGAUGUAUUGGCGGCGAUGAGGAACCUGCAGCUUGGGAAGGUUAGGUCGGCGUUGCCGUUCGGUACGCGGAGCGGGUUCGCAUCCCCGGCGUCCCUCGAGAGCGAUCCAGCGACACGGGGUAGGAGGGCAGCGGCGGCCGUGGCGGACCAGUCUGCGCCCAGACUUCUCGAGGACUGGGGGAGGCAGGAGGAGGCUGCGGAGCCGGCGCCGGACCUGGCAUGGGUUUCGGAAUUGGUGAAAGAUUAA